GAGUAAUCAAAGUUUAGAUGAGUUUUGACGACGAAAGCAGUGCCGGUAGCUUUUGUAAUCCUUCUUGUUUCAAGCUGAAAUUCUUGCUGUUUGAUCGUAAAACUUUGCAGAAUAAGUCCAGUAUCGAAAGUCAUUCAACAAUGGCACCCACAGUACCAGCUGGAGAUGCUGAUAAAUACGACUACGAUUUAGUAGUAAUUGGAGGUGGUUCCGGUGGAUUAGCUUGUGCCAAAGAAGCCGCCGCUCAUGGCAAAAAAGUCAUCUGUUACGAUUACGUCACUCCGAGCCCUUUGGGUACCACUUGGGGUCUAGGAGGUACCUGCGUAAAUGUCGGAUGUAUACCUAAAAAAUUAAUGCACCAGGCUGCCUUAUUGGGUGAAGCUGUGAAACACGCCGAAGCUUUCGGUUGGCAAAUUGAUUCAUCCAAUAUUAAAAUCGAUUGGGGCAAGCUCGUUCAAGCUGUUCAAGAUCAUAUUAAAUCGGUCAACUGGACUACGAAAGUUUCGCUUAAAGAAAAUAAAGUGAAGUACGAGAAUGCUCAAGCUAAGUUUAAAGAUGAACAUACGAUCGUGGCUAGAAAAAAGAAUGGGUCCGAGAGCACGGUUACUGCUGAAAAUAUAGUUAUUGCUGUCGGAGGUAGACCUAUUUACCCAGAAUUCCCCGGUGCUAUCGAAUAUUGUAUUACUAGCGAUGAUAUCUUCUCGCUGCAAACACCUCCUGGUAAAACCAUGGUCAUCGGUGCUGGAUAUAUCGGUUUAGAAUGCGGAGGCUUUCUACAAAGCUUAGGCUACGACGCGACAGUAAUGGUGAGAUCGGUAGCCCUGCGAGGAUUCGAUCAACAAAUGGCUAACUUGGUAGUCGACGAGAUGAAAGAGAAAAAUAUUAAAUUCCUAUUCAAAUGCAUUCCGGUAUCGGUGACGAAAUUACCCAGUGGUAAAUUACUGGUGCGAUGGAGGCAUUUAGAUUUGGAAGAAAACGACGUCGAAGCUUUCAAAGAAGAAGAAUACGAUACUGUGUUAAUAGCUACCGGAAGACAAGCGCUGACUGCUGAAUUGGGCUUGAAAGAAGCCGGAGUGCAUUUUAAUCCGCGAAAUCAUAAGAUAUUCUCCGAAAACGAGCAAACCAACGUUCCGAAUAUCUACGCUGUCGGUGAUGUUUUGGAGGGUAAACCGGAACUCACUCCUGUAGCCAUCCAGGCUGGAAAAUUAUUAGCGGCUAGAUUGUAUAACAAUGAAAAAACCAUGAUGGAUUACGAUAACGUAGCUACUACAGUAUUCACACCUUUAGAAUAUGGUUGUGUCGGUCUCAGUGAAGAAACCGCCAUCAAACGCUUCGGCGAAGAGAAUAUUGAAGUUUAUCAUACGUAUUACAAGCCAACGGAAUUUUUCGUGCCUCAGAAACCAGUGACUAAUUGUUACAUGAAAGUUAUUUGUAUGCGGGAAUUACCACGUAUCAUUCUUGGUAUGCAUUUUGUUGGGCCCAGUGCCGGAGAAGUAAUUCAAGGAUAUGCGGCUGCCAUCAAGGCCGGUAUCACGUACGAUAAAUUAGAAAGCACCGUCGGUAUACAUCCUACCGUCUCGGAAGAAUUUACCAGGCUCUCGAUCACCAAGAGAUCAGGACUGGAUCCCCAUCCGAAGGCGUGCUGCAGUUAAUACCCCAGUGAACUGGUUCCAGCCGGGGUUUCUGUCUUUAUUCGAUACACUCAUCAAUACGUAAUGGCGAGAGCAGUAACCAAUCCACAUAUACGCACACCACGAACAACUUUUUACUAUACAUGUGUUGUUACGAACCGUGAUGAUUAUAUUUUAUACGGUAUUAAUUUUUAAAUAAAUGAAUUUAUGAAAGAAUA